AUGAGUUUGCCAUGUUGGAGGAGUAUUUUAGUUGGUAGUGGUGGUGGCAACUGGCAAGUGUCAAGUUUAAGGAAAUUGUUUUCGUCCUAGAAUUCCGAUUUCUGUUGGGUUGGGUUGGGACUUACUAGGAUUAAGGAAUAAUAACGACUUGUGGAAUUGGUGGCCCGCAUCUUAACUUGCAAAUACUAAUGCUUCCGUAGUUUCAACGUCGUCAAUGCUGCAAGAUUUUGUUGCCAACUCCCUUUAGGGUUCCUCUGUUUCGUUCUUCACACCAAUGGCCAAGAAGAGAACCACACCUCACAAGAACGAUGAGAAGAGGAAGACCCAAUUGAUAAUUCACAUGCCAAAACAUUCUCAACAGCCAAGAAGUUCACCUCCCAAGCGUCGCACUGAUUUCUCCGUGUUCACACGCACUCCCUCCUCCUUCUCUAACCCUGCUUCUGGUUCGUCUUCUGGUGAAGUGAGGUUGAGCAAUGUCACUGCAAGAAGUUUGCAGGGAAAGGGAAUGACAACAAAACAAGUUUCUGAAAAUACAAUGGUUCGAUGCAGCAUUUAUCAAGAGGGUAGACCAGUAUGUUCAUCUGAGUUUUUUGAUGCUGGAGUUGUUGAAGUUGAUUCAGCUGUUCGAGAUGAAAGUCUUGACCUUGGUAGCAAUAGGGAUUAUUGCAAUGAAAGAAAUGAUAUUUCCAAGAUGUCAGAAUCUACACUUCUUGAAUCAUCUGUCAGUGAUAGCAGUUCUCUCGCUGCAACUCCCGGAAACGUUGUAUGGGCGAGGACAGAGUGUCAAUUGUGGUGGCCUGCUGAGAUCAUGGAAGAAACAUCUGCGUUAUCCAAACCUGGUAGUGAUGGGCAUGUUUUAGUGCAUUUUUAUGGAAAUCUUCCCAGUGCCUGGAUUGAUCCAAUGACAGAUAUUUCAACUUUUGAAGAGUCGUUUGAAGCAAGGAGCAAUAACCCUUCAGAAAAUUUUCAACAGGCUUUAAAGCAAGCAUUGCAGAGGAAGGCACAACUUAGUUCUUGCCAAAAGUUGACGGCUGAUAGUUCUCCUCAAUCUGAUAUGCAAGAACGUCCAUUUGAUAACUGCCCUUCUAGAACCACAAGCAAAACAAUUGAUGAUUUUCAAGAGAGACGAAGAGGGAAAAGGGAACGUAAACCCAAAGUUCACUUUGAUGAGGUUACAUAUCCAGUGAAAUCAGAAAGAAAGCUUCGUCGGUUAAAGAUAAUGCGGUACCUCGGCCUUGCAGCUCCAAUUGGUUCUCCCUUUUGAAUUUUGACCGCGAGUAAUGCAUAUUUCAAAUGUUUGCAGCCUAAUUUCCUUUCUUUAACUAUAAAUUAUCAUCAAAUCUGCAUAUUCAAAAAUCUGUUUUUACUUGUCAUUAGCUCUGUAAAUUUUGUAGGACUAUGUAGUCUCAUAUUACAUUAUUAUCUGUAAAAACCAUAUCAGAAUUUAAUGGAAUAUCAGAUUAGUUCUCCAA